AUGUCGCCGCUUCAUUCACUUCUCCAAUUUAAAUCACCUCUCUCCUUCACCGAUAAAACCGAAUCCUUCAAUUUUAUUUAUUUAUCGGAAACGCUAACAAUGGAGACGAAUCCAAAUGCAACGGGAAACGACGAUGCCGCACCAAACACUAACGCGAGCUCCAAGUCCUCCGUGUACCUCCAAGACAUGGAGGAGAUGAAGCGAGUCUUCAACCGCUUCGACGCCAACGGCGACGGCAAGAUCUCCGUCAGCGAGCUAGACAAUGUCCUCCGCACUCUCGGAUCCGGCGUCCCACCGGACGAUCUUCAGCGAGUGAUGGACGACCUCGACACCGAUCACGACGGCUUCAUUAACCUCUCGGAGUUCGCCGCGUUCUGCCGCUCCGACACCGGGGACGACGGCGACACGGAGCUCCACGACGCCUUCAACCUGUACGACCAGGACAAGAACGGUCUCAUCUCCGCCACCGAGCUCUUCCAGGUGCUGAACCGCCUCGGAAUGAGCUGCUCCGUCGAGGAAUGCCACAACAUGAUCAAAUCCGUCGAUUCUGACGGCGAUGGCAACGUCAACUUCUCGGAAUUCAAGCACAUGAUGAGCAGCAACCGCGAAAAUACUUGCAACUGUGGAGAAAAAUAG